CUGCUGAAUAGUUUAGUACUGAUCAAUAUAUAAAAGACUCAGUUUCAAUUCAAGCAAAUUAAUAUCCCAUCACUUUUGCAGGAUAAAAAAUGGGUCCUCCAAAACUAGCAACAAACAUUGUAACGGCACUAGUCCUUCUAUCUUACUCUUCAGGUUCACACAUUGAUGGUGCUAAGCCUAAGACUCCACUACCUGCAGCUACUUAUCAGAAAGUUAAUCUUUCAGUGUACUAUGAAAGUCUAAGCAAACCUUGUGUUACUUUCAUUGUCAACAAUCUGCGUGAAAUCUUCAACAACCGUCUCAUCAAAAUUGUCAAUCUCCAACUAGUCCCUUGGGCCAAUGCUCAUUUCAAUAGCACCACCAAUUCCAUUACAUGUCAGAAUGGGCCAGAUGAAUGUGAGCGAAGUUCUUAUGAAGCCUGUGCCCUCAAUACUUUUCCUACAGUGGAUCAACAAUAUAGGUUGAUUUCUUGCUUUGAGAAUCCGCCAAUUGAGCCGAACUGUUUUGAGGUUCUGGGUUUGUCCAAGGAGCCUAUUUUGAAGUGCCUUAUAAACAGCGGAAAUGGAACAGAGCUUGGGAAAAAAUAUAUCAAAGAAAUUGCACAGCUUAACCCACCUCCUUCAUUUGUGCCAUGGGUGUUGGUGAACAAUCAACCUAUUAAACAAGACUAUGCAAAUUUUACACACUAUGUUUGCAAGACUUAUAAAGGUGUUGAUGUUCCUGCGGUAUGCAGUAGUGUUUGAUCAUGUUCUCAGGGUGUUACAACAACCGAGAAAUGAAUUCAAUUAUUCAAGAGCAAAAGGCUACAUAAACAAUGAGCACAUGGUCACUUCAAAAGACCUAUAUGUUCAAGGUUCCUAUUGGAAUAAAAGUAAUGCCAAUUAUAACCAUAUUGUCAUAAUUUUCCAUUUGUAAAAUUGAGUUGUUAAAAGCAAGUUUAAGCCAGAUGUUUUCUCCCCUGUGCCUCUGUAGUUGAUUAUUUCACACGGAAGCGUGCAUAAUAUAUGAAGGCUGCAUACACCUUUCUAUAUUUCAUCACUAUGUCAAAUGGAU